UUCAUAUUUUUAAUUUAGAUCUGGUAAUCGAUGCUUCGAAAAAAAUACAUAAGGAUAUACCUUACGAGUAUGACACACUGCUACACCUUCCUGAUACAUUUGGCCAGAAAGAGAAUUCUCUAAGGAGAACAAUCAGGGCUGUUGGAGAAAAAUAUCGCAAACUUUCAUAUGUGGCAUCAUGGGAUAUGGAUUUUGAUCACACUGUGUUCCGAACUAUCAAUAUUCUAUACCAUUGUGGAGACAAUAACAGGCCUUGGACAUCAUGGAGUGAGUGGUCAGAAUGUUCAAGCUUUUCGGGAAUAUGUUAUAGGAGUAGGAGUAGGUUAUGUUUGGAGAAAAACCCUGCUCCGUGCACAGGAAACUCAUACGAACAAGAAAAUUGUGGUGAAAAUGACUGUCCAGGAUAUUGGGAUUUAUGGAGCUCUUGGAAUUCGUGUGACAAACGUGGUCCUAUUGGUAAACAAACGCGGAAAAGAAUUUGUAAUGGUGGAAAUUGUCAAGGGGAAACUGUACAGAAAAGAAAUUGCAUGUAUAAUUUUCGUGAAGGUCCAGAUUUUUUUGAUGAUUUUGGCUUGUCAAGUCUCAAAUGGAAGGACCAGAGUCCAAAUGCAGCAUACAUGUUUAUUGAGACUGAUCCACAAAGAAACUUUGGACCUGAUUUUGGUCACACAAGUAUGCACCGUAAGUAUAAUUAUCAACUUACAGUAGAAGUUUGGCACAACGUUCUGGUUGGAGUGAAGCUUAAUCAAGUUAAUAAUUUAGGCUUAAUUUCUUAUUAAGGAGAACCUGGCUAGCAAGUCAUACCAUUAAUUAUGAAACAAUUUUUUUUUGCCGAAAUAAAUUUAGCUACCAGUGGGGGAGGUGGUAUAAGUUGUUUCUACCUGUCUACUAGUUAGAAAGCUUAAUUUAAAUGUUCCUUGUAUUGACGUUGUACCAUACAUAGAACAUUGAUAAAAAAGGCAUGGCUUAUGGCUACUUGAAUAAAAAAUGAGCAUAUCUAUCAUGCCUUUUAAGGCAUACAUAAAGAUUUAACCAGCGUAUUUUUUAUAUAUAGAGUAGUUGAACAGGGUGUUUAAAAAUCCACUUACAUUACCAAUGGAGAUUAGAAAUGAUUUUAAUAUUUUGCUGAAAGCAGCAAAUGCCCAUACAAUAAUAAAAAAUUAAAUAUUUUUCAGGAGUUACAUCCAUUCUGUCAGGAAAAUCGUUAGACAAUAAUGUCUUGCUCUUAUAUUUUAGUUUUUAAUGCAUUUGCCAAAUAAAUGUACAAAUAGAGUUCAUUUGUUUUUCACAAGUUUUUCUUAUUAUGUUCUUAUUAUUAUUGCUAUUAUUUACGAAAGAUAGCCUUUUCAGUUUCUAUAGGGACUGUUAUCAAUGAGGGUCCUGCGAUUUGAGCUACGGAAUGGGUGCAAACAGGCAAAGUGGAUGUGUUCUUUUACAGGCAUAUUACAGGCAACGAAUAAACUAUGUUUCACCAUUCUUCUGUAUCUGCACAGCCGACGUCAACAAAAAAUCUAAAACAACCUAUUUUUCCAUUGUCCAUCUG